GUCAAAUACAGUGAAGCUAGGGAUCCAUGGAAAGUCCCCUGCUUUACUCUGCAGCUAUAAAUAUACCAACUAGGACCCAACCAUAAACCACAGUAACCCAAAAACUUCCCCAAGAAAAUCUGACCCUCUCUUCUUCUCUCUAAACUACGGCCCUAACUGUUUUUGUUUCACCUUCGUCACUGAUCUUCCUCGAACACUUAAUGAAUCUUUUUGCCCAUUAAAGCUCAAGCUUUAAGCUUUCGUUUGAACUCUCAAAAUCCCUCCAUCGUUUUCUAGUAAGAUCAUUUCCUUUUGACUCUCUUCUCAGUUUCAAAAUCAUCGGAAAGGGGACAAUUUUUAGUGCCCGUUUUCCUUCACUCUAAUUUCUUUUUAGAUUUCUCAUUACCAUCUGUUUCCUCUUCUCCAAGAAGCUCAAGAAAUCAUGGAAAGAAUGCAAGAAAACAACUCUUCUUUUGCAUUCAACACAGCUGAAAUUGGUUCCUCACUGUCACAACUUAUAUUGGCAGGAGGGACCAACACUUUGGAUUCUAUUUUCUCUCAUUGCCAACCAGCGCGUUCUCUUACCAGUCCUGCUUUUGAGCCUUUAGGCUCUUCAGUCUAUCUCCGCCAGAGAGAUCUCUUGCAAAAAUUCAGUGAAGAAAACAGAAUGAACACCUCCUUAUCUCACAAUUUGCCAACAAACCCUCUUCAAAACCCUGUGCACUCCAGCAACUAUUUGGCUCCAACCAAGAAGAAACUAUACAGGGGAGUCAGGCAGCGGCAUUGGGGCAAAUGGGUUGCUGAAAUUAGACUUCCUCAAAACAGAAUGAGAGUCUGGUUAGGUACUUAUGACACAGCAGAAGCUGCAGCUUAUGCUUAUGAUCGUGCUGCUUAUAAACUUAGAAGCCAAUAUGCUAGGCUGAAUUUUCCAAAUCUAAAGGAUCCUGCUAAGUUGGGAUUCACAGAUUGUAGUAAACUGAAUGCUUUGAAGAAUACUGUGGAUGCCAAGAUUCAAGCAAUUUUUCAGAAGGUUAAAAAGGAGAGGGCCAAAAAGAAUGCAGCAAAGAAGAGUAAUGUUGAUGGUAAAAGCACAGGAAGUAAAAAGCCAGUGAAAGUGGAUUCGAAUGCAUCAACACCAUCUCCAGCAUCAUCAUCAUCAUUUUCAACUUUGUUUUCUGGUGAUAAUUGGGGUGGUAGUGAAUUGGUGUCACCAGCUGUUUCUGAAGAUGGGUUUUGGAAGUGUGAGAGUUCUUCUUCUCCUUCUGUGUCUACAGAUUGUCCAGUAAUGGUGCCACAAGCUAUGGAAUUUGAAGACUGUUCCCUUGCAAGAAUGCCAUCUUAUGAUCCUGAGUUAAUCUGGGAGGUUCUUGCUAAUUAAGUACCAUUUCUCUUACCAAUCUGAAUUGGGGGACCGGUGAUUAUUAAUUUGGAGAAACAUUUGUUCCUGUUUCUCUACAUGUAUCUUUCAGUGCAAGAUGUAAAUAGUAGCUGCUUUCCAAGUAUGCCAUCUUCAUUUACUGUAUGUCUUGGAAGGAUUUUUAGAGCUUGUUGUAGCUUAGGUAAAAGGAGUUCUUAUCACGCUUGUAGUGAUUUGGCCUUUGUUUUCCGUAUGAAGGCACUUUUAAGGCUAUCUUAUAAUUAUAUUUUGAUUUUUGAA